CUCGGACCUGGUGCGCGACUACCAGAAGUUCCGGAGGUGGGAAUUGGCGGCGGGCCUCGGGGCGACGAAAGGCGAAAAUGUAGUAGCCGCAAUAAAGGAACAAUCCACAACAACAACCACUGCCAUGCUGCCCGAGGCCGACGGCGACGUCCCCGCCACAGUCGACUCUCUCUUCCCGACGGAGUCUUCUUUUUGGAACAUCACCGAGGUGCAGCGACUUCCUGACGAAAACCAGCAUUUCAGUAUCGCAUUCAGCCGCAGAAAAGCGAGGAAACAGAGCCGGUUUCUCACGCCCGAGCAGUGGAAGCAGCACUUCUCCAAGGACAUCGUUUUGGAGGACAUUUCCCGCUCCACACCGUCCGCUGCGUGUUGCGCGGAAGUAAUGCAACUGCAGUGGUUUGAGACAUCCCGCUCGGGCACGGUGGAGAAGGGCUGGAAGCAGCGCGUGUUGCCGCCGAAAGUGCGGACCUUCACGCCGUCUUUGGCGUACAAAAAGGUGAGAGCGGAGUACUUGAAGGCUAAGGCGGAGCUGCUCCUGCAGCAGCAAGAAGGUCGUUCUGUAGCUGAAGGGCCGCAAAGUAGUCGUGCUAGUGCAGCGGCUUCCCAAGAAUCACGACGGAGCGCGCAAAUUACAAGCAAUUCUGAGCCCGAGCCGCACAAGAACUCCGCCAAGAAGUGGAAUACCUACAGAGAGAAAUUUUCUCCCGACAUGCAGCGCUGCGUCGCUGAUUUCCUGGAGAAAUGGGAGGGACCAGAGCGAAUUCCGGACGUGCUUAGUGGCACUAACGACUUACCCACAACUUCCGCUGCUGGAACUACGACCGCCACAGCAAAAUCCUCUGGUGCACAUAAGCAGGAAACCGGGACGACAUCAGCCGUUGCCGCAGGCGCGCCUGUGGAUGACGAUGACCCGAAUAGAAACCAAGCAGAAAUAACUACAACCCACCCGGACGAGUCAGAGUCUCAUCAAUCGCAGCCGCAAACCGACGGGCUGAAGUAUUUCCUCGGCUACCCUGUGACCACCCAGUACAUUCGCGAGCGCGGCUCCGCGGCGAUCUGGCAGGCCAUAGCGUCGCCCACCGAGCGGUACAAAAAGCGGUUUUUCACGGAGACCUUCCAGAGCUGCAAGGACGCACAGGGGAAAAACUUCCUGGUGCGACUCGUCAACAUGUUCACCGACCAAAACACCGGGGAGCAGUGGGGUUGGGUGGAGUCCUCCUUCGGCAUUUGCCUCCCGCUCGAGACCUGCGGAAAGCCGGGCUUGAUCUCCUCGAUCCAUGACUUGGACGAGGUGAAAAAUAGGAAAAACAUCUUCCCCAAGGAACUCCUCCUGCCGCAUUUCAUCGCGAGACGCUUCACGGUUCGCAUCGAGCCGCUGCUGAACUGGAACGAUGUGGAGAUUGACUUUGUCAUCGUCGGCUUCGCGAAGUCGGGAACCACGUCUCUGGCGUACAGUCUGCACCACUACGUUCCGGGCGUGGAGAUGGCCAAUUGCGGGGGAGAUGUCAGUAUGAACUGCAAAAGUAUCGUACUCGUAUAAAUGCAUUGCAAAUUUUAGCAAGAAGGAAAGUGGAAUGUGUAAUGCUGUUUUGCCUUAGGAAAGAAAUUUGUCAUGCAUAUUUGCAAUUAGUACGAGUGCGAUACUUUUGCACAGGAUAGUCAGGGAGGAGUUCUGCGAAUCCACGUUCUGGGGCUACGAAUUGUCGAACAACUACGCAGUGCCUGAAACCGCCUACAUGCAGCUCCUGACCUCUUUUCCCCCGCGACAAUCAGGAAAAACAGAUGUGGACGAGAGGACAGAAGGAAAAGAGAAGAUGAACGAGGACGACGUCCUCGAGCAGGGUGAUCUUUUGUCAUCUUCGAGCAGAACGACCAUAACCGCAAAGAGCCGGCGGCUCGUGGCGGGGAACCUUGACAAGAUAUCGAGACCCCUCCGCGGCGUGAAGGACCCCCGGGUGAUUGAGUCGACCGACACUCUGCACCGCCUGCCGAGCAAAGCCAAGGCCAUCGUGCUGAUCUCCGACCCCCUCGACGCGUUGCUUUCUCACUACAAUCACAUAUGCAUUCUGCAAAAGUAUAAUUGUAUUAGUGGAUGGAAAUUACUUUCAAAUUGAACUUGGAAUGCUCAUUUCGCAUAGGCUCACGUAGGUAUACGUUACAGCGAGGUCGCAUUUGUCAUGCAUGGCUACAAUUAGAUGGUAGUCAGAUUGUGUCUGUGUACGAGUGCGAUACUUUUGCUCAUGAUAACGCAUGCGGUGCAGCGAAAUGGUGGACACAGACUUCGUAUCAAAAGUAAAAAUGUCCUCUGGGUCUGGGAACUUGUGAUGCUGGGUAGCGUCUCAUGAUGAGGCUACAAAUGCUGGCUCAGCAUGACAAGUUUCUGAGCUCCUAGGUGUUGCCUAUUCUGCAUGACAAACUGCGACUCUGCAUCACAGAAAAGCGGAGCUCUUGGGUAACGUGCAUGACAGAUUUAAGAGUCAUGCCAGACAAGCAUGACAAACAUGAAUUCUUCCAGAGGACCCAGACAUUUUUACAGUUGAUACUUCGAGAAAAUGAUUCGGUACAACCUGACGGACUGCGUGCCGGGACGGGGCUGGGGCAACUGGGAGGAAAGGAUUGAAAUGACGAAGUUGAUUCUCGGCAAGGACAACGUGUUGGUAAUUCACAUGCAAGAAGCCUUGACCGUCAGCGGCUUGGUGCGGGUCAGGGAGUUUCUGACGAGCACUUCUACGCGGAAAGAAGAAGGACGAGACCAAGAGUCCGGUGCAGGCGAAAACUCUGGAGCCGGAAUGACGACACAAGUUGAUAGACGCGAUGGCACGCCAGACAACAAUGAAUCUUCUGAAGCAGCAAUCGACGUGCUUCGUAGUCAUCUGAAGAAAGAGAUCAACCAGAACAUUUUGGAUUCCCUCAAGCUCGAAACAGAUGGGACUUCAAAACCCGCACUCGACAGCGACCAGAAUUUCAAGAUUCCGAAGCAGAACGUGCUCGGGGGCGGGAAAAUGUUCCUCAAGUUUGAGGACAUUUCGGCGGAAGUUGUGGACCUCGCGAAUUCUUACUACGCGGGUCAGCGAGAUUAUUUGGAACAGGAACUGGCAAAACACGGAAGCAAAAACGGAUUUGCGUAUCGGUUUGGAUGGAGCAAAAAUGAAAGCGGAAAGAAAUCUCAUCUAAGUUCUACCUAACCUGCGGUAUUGCAGGAAGAGGAUCGCGAUCAGCUGGCACAAGCUCGGUUUGUCUGAAGAUGUUCUCGUUGUUGUUCUGGCGUAUUGUCGUCUUCGUAGCUUGUUGUGUAUAGUAUUUUUGCGUAAAAUAUAUAAAUGCAAGAAUCGUCAUCGUGGUAUCCCAACUCCAGCAGGUGG